UAAAAUUCUCGUUUUUAUUGGCUUUUCCUUAAUGGGUACCUUCGUAGGCCAUGUCUUACCAGGCGUAGGGUUUAUGCUUAUUGGCUUCUGGCACCUCUUCAAUACUGUCUCUAAUUAUGCCCAAUCUCCAUGGGAAUUUCACACCAGGCCCUGGUUUCCCGCUAAAUUUAGAGGCAGAGUAAUAAAGCAUUUGGAGCUGUUCGCUAUUUUAGCGGGAGCCUGCCUUUCAAUUUCUGCAGAGCUUUUCAUCGGGCCAGACAGACACCAGCCUCUGGCAGAUGACUGGACUAUUCCUCCCGAGCACCUCAACAAUUUCGAGCACUCUUCUAUUUCCCUCUUUUUCCUCAUCUAUGCCGCCGUGGCAAUCUACGUGGACAGGCAUGAGAUCCACGUGCCACACGGGAUGGUCCACGUCAUUGCCGCGCUGGCGUUCAGCCAGGAGUUAUUGCUGUUUCAUCUGCAUUCGGCUGAUCACGUGGGGCCUGAGGGGCAAUAUCAUUGGCUGUUACAGCUUAUAGUUCUAGUUAGCCUGGCCUCCACUAUUUUAGAGGUACCUUUUCCCAAGAGCUUUUUAGUGGCCAUGGUGAGGUCGAUGUCUAUAUUAUUUCAGGGAAUAUGGUUUGUACACAUGGGAUUCAUGCUCUGGAUUCCUAUGUUCGUUCCAAAAGGGUGUAAAAUGAACGCAGAGCACGGUCAUGUGGUGGUGAGAUGUGAAAACCAGGGGGCUAACAUGAGGGCCAAAGCCCUGGCCAAUCUGCAGUUCAAUUGGUACUUGGCCUCUUUACUUAUAUUUACUCUAGUGCUCUAUGUUAGAAUGCUGCGACAUUAUGGCCACGAAAAAUUAGUGUCGUAUAUUUCAGUGGAUGAGAUGGGGAACACCGCUAAAAAUAGCAGCGACAGACACAGGUGGUCAGUGGAUAUUGAGAGUAUGCAGCCUCUAAAUAUAGAAAGAUGAAAGCAUAUAUGUUUCUUCUACUCCUUUUUUCCCCCUUUUCAUGAAUCUCUGUAUAUACACACUCCCUGUGAUGUUAUGGUCUUGUGCUGUGAAUUAUCACCAAAUAUUAUAGUAUUCUAGUUUGUCCCAACAUGGGUACCAUUUAAUUUGUGAAUAUGGUAAAGAGUUCUGGUGUCUACCCUGUAUAAAAUUACAGAGACACGUACAAAUUUGAUGGUGGAACGUUUCAUUGAAAUGUAUGGUGUACUGGCUCUCACACUUAAUAAGCAAUGUAAUUUUUAA